GAAGUGAAGUGAGGUUCUACAGACAAAUGUAGUUUAUUUCAUUAGUUUUGCACGACAAUUCCCACAAUACCGCGAGGCGGAACGGCAGGCGUGAGCACUUCCGGGUCAUCUCAGAUUGAGAGUGUUGUUGACUCGAGCUCGUUUUCUCGUUCUUCUAUUUCUCUGUAAAUGUCGCAAUGAUGUAGAUAAGGAGAAUAUUUGAGCCCCUCCAUGACACGCGCUACCGGCCUCCGUCCCCGCGGGAUUCGGCGUGAAGACUGUGAGGAGUGAACGACUGAAAGGAGGGGAGGAUGUGGCAGAGUGUUGGUUUGACGGUGUUGGUGAUAUGUGUCCUCUUCAUGCUCUUCGGCAGUUUCUGUGGCUCUCAGUGAGACUUCUGCUCAUUUCAACAGGAAGUUUGGCUCGUUCUUCCUGAAUAAACUGCUCCAGCUGUCUCAGGAUUGAAGGAUCUUUCUCUAAAAAUGUUUCAGCUCUUUACAGAUGUUUGAUGGAUUCAGUUCAGGCCACUUCAGAAUAGUCCAAAGUUUUCAUGAGUUCCUCUAUGUUUCACAGCGGGUAUAAUGUUUUUUUGUUUUUUGUCUGUGAACAUAGAGCUGAUGUGACUUUCCUGAAAGCUCCAGUUCCCUUUCGAUAUUUCACUCGUACUGCGUAUGGGGGAAAGUCUCCCUUUUUCCCCGCUACUGAAGCCUUUUCAAUAACGCAGUGUAACUGCACCGUCAUUGGUUCACUCAUAGACAAGUUGUUGAACCAAUGGCGGCGCGGCUCAGCUGCGCGGCCUAUGGGAAGAGAGCGCGCGAACAUUCCCGCCAAAAGGGGCGGGGAAUGUGCUAUAUAAGCGAGCGUUUCGCCAUAGGCCAUCAGUCCUUUCUCCUUCAGCGACGACUGAAACUUCUCUUCGCUGAUCCUCGCAGAAGCCUGCUCGCCGGGAAAGAAGCUCGCCGCCUUAGAAGAAGCUCUGCCGCCGUCGAAGAGGCCCCGCAGCGGACCCAGCUGAUUCGCCGGAUCCUCGCAGCGCCCGCGCCCUCGCCGACUGCCGCCUUCGCGCCGUCGUCGAGCCGCCGCCUCCCGCUCCCGCGAACGGGCCGCUACCCAGCGUGUCUCCUGCCGCCAUCCGGCGCGCCCUGAGAGCAUCUUCCCGCUGUCACUUUACCGCGCCCCAGAGCACUUUCCAGCGGUUUUCACCGCUACGAGCCCGGCCCUCGCCGUUAUAAGAGCCUCCCAAUCGCCGUUUUCACGGCGCCUCGGCAUUUUUCAAUGCCACACGUAUGACGCGCUUGCCGGCGGCUCAUGCCCGCACUGUGAGUGCGUGAGUUUAACGUCUCUGCGCUCGCGGGCCGCCUUCUUCUCGGAAAGCGCCCCCCCGUUCGCGCCCUCCCGUCUCCCGCGCCUGCCAGAAAAAAGACCGCGGGGCAAAACGGUUCAGCGCAUGGAGGUGGGCGAGCACACGUCGGCCCAGCACCCGCGUGCCUCGCCCCCUCCCAACAGAGAGCAUCUGCCAUCCGGCGCUGUCUCAAGAGCAUUUCCCGCGGCUUAACGCCGCUUUCUAGCGGUUCUAACCGCUCUAAAAGAGCUACAAUCGCCGUUUUCACGGCGGCGGCGUUGCCUCAAUGCCGCGCCACAGUCGUGGCACAUGCAGAGCCUCGCUCCGCGAAUCUUCGCUCCCUAGCAGCUGUUCAUCGCGCCGCCCUCGUGCCGCCUCCAGCAUCUGAGAGCAUUCAGCUCAUCCCCUGCCGUCUUGCGUCAGAUGAGUACAGAGCUUAUUUUUCUACCUUUUCGCUGGCGUUUGCUUCAAACGCCGUCUCUCUGGACGCGUCAUUUGCCGGGUCCUCCCCCGCAAACCGCGUUCGUUGAGGAUGUGUGCUCUCACUCGGGAGCGCGAGAGCGAGCUCUCACUCUCAGCUGAAUUUGACGUGAUGUUCUCCCCUGAUUUAGGCGAGACUUAUGAUACAUUUUCUAUCUGAGUGUAUUUCUCCUUAUCUCAAUGUGCGUCGCUCGCCGGUCCCUCCCCUGCGAGCCGCGUUAGUUCAAAAUAUGACAUGACUUCUUCCCAGCUGAGUGAGAAACAUGUUAUAUGCUUAAUCUAAUUGAGCAUAUUCUGCUUCUCUACGCGUUGUUUGCCGGUUCUGCCCGCGAGCCUCGUUUAUUAUGAAAUAUAACAUGUUGCUCUCCCUCCUCUUGAGUGACACCCAUGUUAUAUUCAUUCAGUUUAUACAGCAGAUUUGUGCAGAAGUUAUCUGAAUCUGAGUUAUCAUGUUGCUCUCCCCUGACUUAGGCGAGACUCAUAAUAUAUUUUCUAUCUGUAUGAGUGUGUUUUUCCUUCUCAAUGCGCGUCACUCGCCGGUUCCGCCCCGCAUGCCGCGUCGACUGAGAAAUAUGACGUGACGUUCUCCCCCGACUCGGGCGAGAAGCACGUUUUUAUACUCUAUUAAUGGAGCUGAUUCUGCUGUUUGUACAGAGUUUCUCUAAACGUUGCUUGCCGGUUCUGCCCCGCAAGCCGCAUUCAUUGAGAAAUGUAACAUGUCGCUCUCCCCCUGUCGGGUGAGACGUUAUAUAUAUAUUUCAGUUAUUACAGUGUUUUUCUGCCGAGUUUUUGCUGAAUUUCUCAGCGCGGUGCUUGCUGGUUCUGUCCUGCAAACCGCGUUCUUUGAGAAAUAUAAUGACACUCACCCAUCUCAGGCGAGAACUAUGUUUUAUAUAUUCAGCAUAUCAGUCGAUGUAGCAUAUUUAUUCAGUCUCUCUGCGUGUCGCUUGCCGGACCUGCCCCUGCAAGCCACGUUCAUGAGGACAUAUGCGCUCACUGAAAGCGAGCUUAAUGCUCACUCAUGCUCGGUGGAACUAACAUGUUCAAGAGCAAAUUUCCUCUUCCACCCACCUCGGUGUUCGACCCCCUUCUAAGUGGGCCGUCAUCCGAUAUUCUCCCUCUCGCCACUCGGGCCGAGGCUUUGAAAGCCAUCCCCGGCGUGUCAGACUGGAUUCUGAAGGUCAUAAGCCCUUUGCUACUCGCUCCAAUUUGCCAAAAGACCUCCACGGUUUGGCGGGGUCAUUCAGACUUCGGUGCAAGCGGACGACGCACAUGUUCUCCGAACCCAGAUUUUAACUCUGUUGAGAAAAGGGGCUAUAGAAAUAGUCCCCUUCCCAGAGAGCGAGUCGGGCUUCUACAGCCGUUACUUCUUGGUGCCGAAGAAAGACGGCGGUCUCAGACCCAUUCUGGACCUCAGGUUACUGAACCUUUCCCUCAUGAAGCGAAAGUUCAAAGUCCUGACGCUGAAGCAGAUCCUCGCGCAGAUUUGCCACGAGGACUGGUUCUGUUCACUGGAUCUGAAGGACACUUACUUUCACAUCCAGAUAGCCCCCCAUCACAGGCGAUUCUUGAGAUUCGCGUUCGAAGGUGUGGCUUACCAAUACGGUCCUCCCCUUCGGGCUCUCCCUGGCUCCUCGCACUUUACGAAGUGCAUGAACGCAGCUCUUUCCCCUCUGAGACAGAUGGGAAUACGCGUUUUAAACUACCUCGACGACUGGCUCAUUCUAGCCAGCUCGCGCACAGAACUAGAGCACCACAGAUCCGUGCUUCUCAGCCACUUACAGUGCCUGGGUCUCAGGGUCAACCCAGCCAAGAGCUCACUGCUUCCCACUCAACGUAUCUCGUUCCUGGGCGCAGUUUUCGACUCUGUCCGUAUGAUGGCAGUAGUCUCGCCAGAGCGCGCUCUGGCCAUUCAGCAGCUCGCGGCCUCCAUCAAGAACAAAGCCUACCUUCCUCUGAAGCUGUUCCAGAGAUUGCUAGGGCUCAUGGCUUCCGCCUCCCCAGUUCUCCAGCUUGGCCUACUUCGCAUGCGGCCUCUGCAGUACUGGUUGAAGGUUCGGGUACCUCCCUACGCUUGGCGUCACGGUCGCCUGCGCCUCAAGGUCAAUCAGGCCUGUCUGGCAGCCCUGAAACCCUGGAUGAACCCCACUUGGUUCACACUUGAAGUACCCCUUAAGGCGGUGUCACGAAGAACGGUACUUUCGACAGACGCGUCCAACUCGUGUUGGGGCGCUCUGUGCGAGGGCAGUCCGGUCUUCGGCUCGUGGACACACGAGGAAAGCCACCUGCAUAUCAACUGCCUCGAAAUGCUGGCAGUGACACGGGCCCUCCAUGCCUUCCGGGUUUAUCUGACGGAUCACCACGUCUUAGUCCAGUCGGACAGUAUGACAGUGGUCUCCUAUAUAAAUCGCCAGGGGGGUCUUUCGUCCAGCCGCUUAUGCGCUCUGGCGAAACGCCUUCUGGAAUGGGCAUCCCCAAGGGUUCGGUCGCUCAGAGCGACUCAUAUACCCGGGAAGAACAAUCUGGGAGCAGAUAUGCAAUACCCUUCUUUAUGCCUUUCCUCCGAUUGCCCUGAUCCCUCAGGUUAUCAGGCGAAUCAAAGAGGACGAGCACAGAGUUCUGUUAGUGGCCCCACUCUGGAGGAGCCAGAUUUGGACCUCGGAGCUGUUCUGGCUUUCCACAAAAGCCCCAUGGCCAAUCCCCCUGAGAUGGGACCUCCUCUCUCAGGCGAACAGAACAAUCUGGCACCCGCAGCCGGAGCUUUGGGCUCUACAUCUGUGGAUCCUCGACGGGAACCACCUGACCUUCCAAGUUGAUCCUAGAAAUUCGUCCUGGAAACUCUUAACAAAUGUUGCCAGACAAUCAUGCUUUUGUAAGUCUGUUGAAAUCUCUUCAUGACCUGAUAGAAACAUCAGUCCCAAUACAAACAGACAUACAUGAACCAACACACUGAAUACAGAGACAAAUGUGUCUAUAGGCCUACAGGAGGAGCUCUGACAUCACUGUAGUUCAGAGAGAUUCAGAGAAAGUGAAAGUAACUUGAUCAACAACAAUAUGAACACCUGAAACGAUCAACCUCUUUAAACAACAGAAUAUUUAUUGAUCCGUUCAAAGAGUCUUGUGGACACAUCUGAUCCUCACAGGUAAUGAUAGAAAUAUAAGAGAGAUUGAGCUGAACAGGUUUCUGAUGGAAGUGAUCUGGUUUAGUAGAGUUUAUGUUGAACUGGAAUGAGUUGAACUGAAUCAGGUUUAAGCAUGUCAAAUACUCAACUACUUUAGUUGUUUACUGCACUAAAAUGGUUUCAGAAUUGUAUUGUAAAUUUCAUUUGAUUAGUUGUAAAGUAAAGUUUAGUGUUUCUGUCAUUUUGUCACAUGACAGAAAGGUGAAAGAAACAGAAGGUAAAUGAGCUGCAGACAGACUGAACACAAACCUGCUAAACUGCAGCUGAAAAUCAUUUUUACAUAAAUAUAUAUGGUAACACUUUAUUUUAGGGUCUUAGUUGCUUAUUAGCAUGCACAUUAUUAGAAUAUUGGUUGUUUAUUAGUAAUUAUUAAGCACAUAUUAAUGCCUUAUUCUGCAUGACAUUAUUCUACAUUCUUAAUCCUACCCAAUACCUAAACUUAACAACUACCUUUCUAAAUAUUAAAAAGCAGUAAAUAAGGAGUUUAUUGAGGGAAAGUCAUAAUUAAUAGUGAAUACAUGUGCCCUAUACUAAAGUGUUACCAAAUAUGCAUAAAACAUGUGCUCUGUACUUUAAAAUGAUUUAGUGUUAAAUAUUAAUAGUAAGUAACCCAAAAUCUGACUUUGGAUGUUUCAUUUAAACCUCAGUGACCAAAUAAACACUCAAUAUUACAAGGAGCAAAUCAUUGGUCAUAAUUUAUACUGUGAAAUACAGUGUCUUUUUUCCUCAGUUUCAAUUUAAUUUAUUUAUAUAGCACAUUUAAUACCGACAGACCAAAGUGCUGCACAGAGAAAUAAAAUUAUGCUAUCACAAACAGUAUACAACGUUAAAUUCUCUCUCACACACACACACACACACAAAACUGAAUACAGUAGUUACUCCAGUCCAUAAGCCUUUUUAAAAAGAUGUGUCUUAAGUGAAGAUUUAAAAACCUGUACUGAAGUGGCCGAUCUCAAGCUAAAAGGCAAGUUAUUCCACAACUGGGGUGCUGCCACCGAAAACGCACAAUCCCCCUUAAGCUUUAAACGUGUUUUGGGUACUGACAGCAACAAUGUGUUUAAUGACCUUAAAGGCCUAUUGGUCUGAUGAUAGGAGAAUCAUAUCAUAUAUUGUCCCUGUUAAAAAUCUGGCCGAAUCAUUUUGGUCCAGCUGCAGGCAAGACAAACAUGACCUUAAGUCCCUGAAUGAAAGAAAAGGUUUAAUUUUGGCAAUCAUCCUGAGCUGGAAAAAUGAUGAUUUCUUGCGUAAGUACCUACAGUGUUAGUUAUAGGACGCAACGUUUUUGAGAGGAUAUUGGCUGAAUCCGGACAUCCAAAAACUAACACUUCAGUCUUUGAAUCGUUUAACUGAAGAACGUUUUCUGCCAUCCAACUUUUAACUUCACUCGAACUUCAACUUCAUUUGAAAUGUUAGAGUGAAUAUUUUGAAUCUUUGUAAUAAAAAAAACUAAAAAAGUCAUUGCAAUCUGCAGGAGAUGCCUCAGGGAAUGUGAUAGUAGCAGGAUUUAGAAUCUUGUUAAUAGUACUAAAUAAGAUUUUAGGUCUACCAGCAUUGCUAGAAGUCAGAUUGGAAAAAAAUGAUGAUCUAGCAAUCUUAACAGAUUGCUGAUAAGACUUCAAACAGUCUCUCAAGAUUUCAUAAGAUACUUACAAUUUAUUUUGUUUCCAUUUUCUCUCUGCCUGCCUGCAUUUUUGUCUUAAUGCUUUAGUUUCACUGUUUAGCCAAGGCUGGUUUCUCAAUUUUGGGUAUUUCAAUUUGGAAGGAGCAAUAGAAUCCAAAAUAUUAACACAGGUGGAAUUAAAAUAGGAGGUUAACUCUUCGAGGCCCAUAUCAGAAGAAAAUAAUUCAAAAGAAAUAGCAAAUUGAGAAGAGGCAAAGGCAUCUGUAACGAGACGGGACUCAGGCAGAGAUCCAUUUGCAAGCUUCAUUUAAAGUUAGCGUGGUCGUACAGGCAGGGUCUAGGCAGGGGCAAACAGGUAUGGCAGAGAGCAGGCAGAAUUGUGGUCAGGAUACAGGCAGUAGAUCAGGGCAGGCAGAUAUCGUUCACAGUCCAGAUAACAAGAAACAGUCCAAAGGCAGAAGGCAGAGAAUUAUAAACAGGAAACAGGCAGGAGUAAACAAGACCUCGCCAUGAGGUAGUGUGUGAGUGAGUCUUAAAUAGUCCAGAGAAUGUGCUUAGCUGUAUGUGGCAAUGGGUGAUUGGUGUAGAGUGUGCAUGUGACUGGCAGGGAGGAUUAUGGGAAUUGGAGUCCGGAAUGAAUGGGAAUGUGACAGAAUGUCCCCCUCCCGGAAGGCGCGUCCUCGCGCCGUGGAUGGUGGGUGCCCUGGAGACCUACUGGCAGGUGAUGCUGGAUAUGCAGACGGGUAUGGAGGUCUCCAGGGCAGGUCCAGGAACUCUAGGCACCAUGGCAGGUCAGGAGCCUCGGGCAGCCACGGCGGGUCAGGAGCCUCGGACAGCCACGGCGGGUCAGGAGCCUCGGGCAGCCACUGCGGGUCAGGAACCUCGGGCAGCCACG